UUUUUAUUUUUUUUUAAAAAGGCCAAAGAUUUGAUGCUUGAAUAUGCUUACAUAGUUUUGUAUGCUGCUCAUUCAUAUUAGCUGUGGAUCAGAUGGCUAGCUGUGUAGAGUAAAUAUUUUGUGAUUUUUCUGAGUUCAAAUCAUCCAUUAAUUUUAUUUUUAUGUUUUUGCAAAAUGACAAAGAUUUUGAUCCUUGAAUAUGCUUACAUGAUUGUGUAUGUUGCUCAUUUAUAUUAGCUGUGUAGUUUAAUAUUUUGUGAUUUUUUGAGUUUUGUUGAUUCUUGUUAUUGAAUUUGUUAUGUUAUGUUUGAUUUUAUUUUAUAUUUUAUUUUGUUGUUGUUUAGGGUUGCCAUUUGGUGGUAAUAGAUUUGGGUGGAUUUGUGGUGUGAAAUCUAUUUGGAUUGUGGUUUUGGAUUUGGAAGUUUUGUUGGGUGCUUCGGAGAAAUUGGAAGUGAUUAGAGGCUGAAGUAAUGAUGCAGGCGAGAUUAAUGGCAAUGGAGGAAGGUAAGGAACCUUCGAUGGCAAUUAGAAGUAGUCAGCCUAGGGUUUUGCCGGUUAGGUUAUUACAGUUCUUUUUGAUAUUUCUAGGCAUGGGCAUUGCCUUGACGAUUUUUAGUAUGUUUAUGAGCCGGCAUUUUAGAUUUGAGAAUGCUGUUAUCCCGGUAACAAGUAGUAAAAUUCAGCCAUCUUUUAAAGAACCAAAUGACUUUAAGAGUUGGAUAAAGCCUCCAUCAAAAGUGUGGCACCAGAUGAAUGAUUCUCAACUGCUUUGGCGGGCUUCAUUUGAUUCUCAAAUAAAAUUAUACCCGUUCAAGAGGGUUCCUAAACUUGCCUUUAUGUUCUUGACAAGGGGGCCACUUCCUAUGGCUCCUCUCUGGGAAAGGUUUUCUAAGGGGCAUAUAGAGAAGUAUACAAUUUAUAUACAUGCACUACCUAUGUAUAAUGAAAGCUAUCCUCCUUCAUCAGUUUUCUAUCGGAGGCAAAUUCCCAGUCAGGUUACGGAGUGGGGGAGGAUGAGCAUGUGUGAUGCUGAGAGAAGACUCCUUGCUAAUGCAUUACUUGAUUUAUCAAAUGAAUGGUUCAUUCUCCUGUCUGAGGCAUGCAUUCCUCUCCAAAGCUUCCCCAUUGUUCACCUCUACAUAUCAAGAUCUUGGUACAGCUUUAUGGAGAUAUACGAUGAUCCUGGACCCUUUGGUAGAGGGCGCUAUAAUGAUAACAUGGAACCAGUAGUGAACCUCACUAAUUGGCGUAAAGGAUCACAGUGGUUUGAAAUAAAUAGAAAACUGGUGGUUGCCGUAGUUGAAGAUGACACUUUUUACCCAAAGUUUGAACAGUUCUGCAGACCAGCAUGUUAUGUUGAUGAGCACUAUUUUCAAACAAUGCUGAGCAUCCGCUGGCCUCAUCGUUUGGCAAAUAGGACCCUAACAUGGGUGGAUUGGUCUCGAGGCGGUGCUCAUCCUGGCACAUUUGGAAAAGCCGAUAUGACAAAGGAAUUCUUUAAGAAAAUGUUUGAUGGUCAGACGUGCCUUUACAAUAACCAGCCGACCUAGGCUUGUUAUCUUUUUGCAAGAAAGAUAGCUCCAAGUGCUUUAGAUAUAUUAUUACAACACUCAUUUGAAUAUUUUGGGUACUGACAAAUAGCUCUCUUCUCUUAACGUAAUCCAUAGAUAGUAAAGCAUUCUGGAUUCUUGACCGAAGUAGAUAAAACUUGCAGAGCUUUUCAAUGUACAAUAGUAUGAUCUUACCAUUGUUGAGUCACUGAAUUAUAUCAAAUGCAGUUGGAGCAGUUUCUUA